AGAAUUUCUCCAGGGCCAGCAGCACAUAGAAACAUAGAAUGUGUCGGCAGAUAAGAACCAUUUGGCCCAUCUAGUCUGCCCAAGCAGUGCUAGGGUGAUGGCAGAUAACGGAGACAGGCAGGCAGGUAAGGAGGGUGCAGUGAGGAGGACGGCUUCUGUCACGCUGGGCAUGUGCUUUAUGUUUUGCAGUAGGGGGCUACAGGACUGACACAGUAUGACCAGGAACAGAGCAGAAAAGCAUGAGGAAUUGAAUAUUUGAAAUAAAAUAAUAAAUGCUAUGAAAAAAGUCAGCAGACCUACAACCAUUCAUGAAAGUGCUGGUUUUGCUUCUCAUGAAAAAUGUAAAGCUCAAGAAAUGAAAAAGGAGUCGUUAAAUGAAUGUUGUUAUGGAAACCAGCUUACAAAUGACACCCUUUCUCCAAAAAACAGAUUACAGCAUUAUUCCAGCACGUCAGACAGCAGAAUGCUAGAACCAGUUAAAUGUACGGAGCGGCAUGAGGCAGUUUGGGCUCUAAGUAAUAUGUCAUCCAUUGACAAUACGACCAGCUCUCAAUAUAGAAGGCAGUCUCUGGAAAAACUAUUCAUGGGCUUUGAGUCAGUCCGGCUCUCAACAGAAGAUGAGGACAGUGCCAGUGACCUUUCAGAUUCUGAAAGAGUUCCUAUCCCACCUUCACCACUGACACCUCCUAAGCUGAAUCUACGAGCCGAAGAGAUCAAUCCUGGUUAUUUCAGUCAGCAUGUGAAACAUGGGUGCGAAGAUUAUGAGUUUCCAGAUUUUCUGCCUCCACCUUACAACUCCUGGAACCUUCACCAGGUCUCCAUGUUUCUCAAUAAAGAAGGCAAAAAUACUUUACAGUCGACAGCAUCAGCCCCCCUAGAGAGAUAUGUUGACCGUCUUCUCCAGUUAGAAUGGCUUCAAAUGCAAACUGUGCAAUCUGAAAAGGCAAAAAAGUCUAGACCUCAGACAGUUCCUGCAACAUGCCGUAAUGGAAAAUCUCCAGGAAAAUGUAAACCUUGGCAAAGUCCAUUGCCUACCAAACUUUUAUCUGGUUCAGAUAGUGUUCCCAAAACAAACAAUGGACAGGAUAAAAAUUCUCGCAAAAAAUAUACCCACCGUGAACUCUGUGGCGCAAUGUGUUUGCAAAAAAGCUGCUCAAAAGUUUCUGGAACAGGAGAGAUUCUCCCAUCUGCACCGAAACAAACUCAUGAUGUGAAAUGUAAGAAAAAAACAGUAACAAACUGUCAUCAAACAAAAGACAUGUUAUUUACUGACUCCAAGAUGCUUUGUGCUGGCAAUAUUAGACCUGAGAGGCAAAUUUCCGUUUUGAGUAAUACAGAAAGCCUCCCGAAGCAGACCAAAGCCAGUAAAAUGAGGAAAAGUGCACUGUCAGUCAAUAGUCAUGUCACAAAUAGACACUGUCUAGCAGAACAAAAAAAGUAAAAGCAAAAAGUCAACAGUGAGGUAUUGUCAGUUUUUAAGUAAAAUAUAGUAUAUA